AUGGCCUCCACCGCAGGCCAGGAGCCUGAGUGGACGGCCGUCAAUGUCCGCAAGGCCUACCUCGACUACUUCAAGGAAAAUGGCCACACGUUCGUCCCCAGCAGCAGCGUGGUCCCUCUCUCAGACCCGACUCUUCUCUUCGCCAAUGCUGGCAUGAACCAGUACAAGCCCAUCUUCCUUGGAACGAUAGACCCUAACUCCGACUUCGCCAAACUCAAGCGUGCGGUCAACUCGCAGAAAUGUAUUCGUGCGGGUGGCAAGCACAACGACUUGGACGAUGUCGGCAAGGACUCUUACCACCACACUUUCUUCGAGAUGCUGGGUAACUGGUCAUUCGGCGACUACUUCAAGAAGGAAGCCAUUCAAUUCUCGUGGGAGCUCUUGACCAAGGUCUUCAAGCUCGACCCGGACCGGCUAUAUGUCACCUACUUCGAGGGCAAGCCAGAUGCAGGCCUGGAACCUGACACGGAGGCGAGAGACUACUGGAAGGCUGUUGGCGUUGCUGAUGACCACCUCUUGACCGGCGACAUGAAGGACAACUUCUGGGAGAUGGGUGACCAAGGCCCAUGUGGACCAUGCUCGGAGAUUCACUACGACCGCAUUGGCGGUCGAAAUGCUGCACAUCUGGUCAAUAUGGAUGACCCGAACGUGCUCGAGAUCUGGAACAACGUCUUCAUUCAGUACAACCGUGAGCCAGAUAAGAGCCUGAAGCCGCUCCCAGCCAAGCACAUCGACACUGGAAUGGGUUACGAGCGACUGGUGUCAGUAUUACAGAACAAGAUGUCAAACUACGAUACCGACGUCUUCACACCACUCUUCAAGCGCAUUCAAGAAGUCACAGGCGCGAGAGAAUAUCGCGGCAAGUUUGGCGACGAGGAUGCAGAUGGCGUCGAUACUGCGUACCGAGUAGUUGCAGACCACGUUCGACUCCUCACAUUCGCCAUUUCUGACGGCGCACCACCAAACAACGCCGGCCGAGGGUACGUCGUUCGUCGUGUGCUUCGACGUGGCGCUCGCUACGCCCGCAAAUACUUCAACACCGAAAUCGGCAGCUUCUUUUCCAAGAUUGUGCCGACACUGGUCGAGCAGAUGGGCGAGAUGUUCCCGGAGAUCAAGAAGAAGCAGGCUGAAGUGCAGGAGAUUCUUGACGAGGAAGAGGUCACGUUCGCCAAGACAUUGGAUCGAGGAGAGGUCAUGUUCGAGAAGUAUGCUCAACAGUGCAAGGUGAAUGGUGCGAAGAAUCUUGCUGGUGCUGAUGUCUUCCGGCUGUACGACACCUACGGCUUCCCGGUGGAUCUCACCAAGAUCAUGGCUGAAGAGCGUGGUCUGGACAUCAACGAAGAUGAUGUUGCUGCUGCAGAACAGAAGCAUCGUGAAGCCUCCAAAGGCGCGAAGAAGGAGGGCGCAGAUCUGGUCAAGCUCAAUGUGCACGAUAUCAACGAACUGGAGAAGAUGCCUGACGUGCCAAAGACAGACGAUUCUGCCAAAUUCCAGAAGGGCAACAUCCACGCCGUGAUCAAGACUUUCUACCACGGUGGCAAGUUUGUGAAGUCGACCAAGGAGAUUCCUGAAGGCGAUCAGUUUGGUGUUGUUCUCGACCGAACCAACUUCUACGCUGAGCAGGGUGGUCAAGAAGCGGACACUGGACGUAUUCUCAUCGACGGCGAGGCGGAGAUCGAUGUCCAAAGCGUGCAGACGUACGCUGGAUACGUGAUGCACACCGGCUACAUGAACUACGGCUCUCUCGAAGCAGGGAACGAAGUCUUAUGCCAAUACAGCGAAGAGCGAAGACAGCCCAUCCGCAACAACCACACCGGCACGCACAUCCUCAACUUCGCCCUACGAGAAGUCCUCGGCGACGACGUCAACCAAAAGGGCUCCCUGGUCGCGCAGGAAAAGCUCCGCUUCGACUUCUCCCACAAGCAAGGCUGCUCCGACGCCGAACUGCACAAGAUCGAAGAACUCAGCACGAGCUACAUCCGGCAAAACAGCGAAGUCUACUCCAAGGAAGUGCCCCUCACCACCGCCAAACAAAUCAAAGGCGUCCGCGCCGUCUUCGGCGAAACCUACCCGGACCCCGUCCGCGUCGUCUCCAUCGGCGUCCCCGUCGACGAACUCCUCGAAGACGUCUCCCGCCCAGAAUGGGAACAAGUCUCGGUCGAAUUCUGCGGCGGCACGCACGUCAAGAACAGCGGCGAGAUCAAAGACCUCGUCGUCAUCGAGGAGAGCGGCAUCGCCAAGGGCAUCCGCCGCAUCGUCGCCGUCACGGGCCAAGACGCACACUUCGUCCAGCUCAAAGCGCAGGAAUGGCACGACCGCGUCUCCGCCCUCGAGAAGCUCCCCUUCGGCUCCGAGAAAGAGUCCCGCACGAAAGAAUGGCAGCACGAACUCUCCAGCCUCGAAAUCUCCCUCCUCGCGAAGAACAAACUCCGCGAGCGCUUCGCGAAAAUCGUCAAGGAGAAUCUGGACCACCAGAAAGCCCUGCAGAAGGCGGAGAAUAAACGCGUCCUCGACGCUAUUACGGAGCAUUUCACCACCCACAAGGACGCCACGUCCCUCGUGCUGAAUAUCCCCGAUACGCUCUCCCCCGGCAGCAAAGCCGUGCAGGAAGCCCUCAAGACGAUUUCCUCCAAGAAUAAGGACAAGACCGUUUAUCUGUUGGGCAAGAGCGAGGAAGGCAAAGUCCUGCACGGGUGUCAUGUUAGUUCUGCCGCGCAGGGCAAGGGCGUGGAUGCGGGGAAGUGGAGCGGGGAGGUCGCGGGGGUUGUGGGGGGGAAGGCGGGGGGGAAGGGGGCGACGAGUCUGGGGCAGGGGACGGAGGGAAGUAAGGUGGAGGAGGCGGUUGAGAGGGCGAGGAGGUAUUUGGAGGGGUUGGGGUUGUAG